AUGUCAUUCGAUCCAAGGUGCACACCCGAAACUUGGUUGGAGCCACCGUUUUAUCCCCAUGGCAAGCAAGUACUUAACAAGGAUUCAGCGUAUCUAUCAGAGCUUCUCGAAAGCUACCGGAUUCGUACGUGUCGAGUGCUAUCGGUUGAUGAAGGACAUGUGAAGGUUGAGAUGGAAGUUACGAAUGAGAUGCUGAAUCCACCAGGUACAAUGCAUGGAGGAUGUACGGCCACCCUGGUUGAUAUUGUCACCACGACGGCUCUAAUGGCCACCGAAAGAGCGAAACCUGGCGUAUCGAUUGAUUUGACAGUCUCAUAUAUGGCUGCUGCAAACCCAGGCGAUACGAUUGUAAUUGACGGU